AUGGCGUCAAGGACUGGACCUUCAAAUUCAAAGCCCCAAAACCCUACCCGUACAUGCUUGUGUUCUCCAACCAAUCACCCAGGCUCCUUCCGGUGUAGUCUGCACAGGAAUUCUCGGAAGCUCUAUACACGAUCAUCAGUUCACGUCGCCUCCAAUCCUGGGAGCCGAUCGGAACCCAAGACAAUGGAUAAGAGCAACUUGUUGAAGGAAUUCCUUCUGCAAAUCAUAAAGCCAUCGAAGCAUGAUAUGUCAAGGAGAAGGAAUUUCCAGCCCAAGCCUACCAGGUUCUGUAUGAUGAAUAGCAACAACAAUGGAGUCACAGUUUCCUGA